AUGCUGCAGCACGCCGCAUACCUCGUACAUCUGGGCAAGGAGCUCAAGUACUACGCGCUUGCGGUCCUGGCUACUACGCAUACGGCCAAAGGCAACGGACCUCGCCUGUCGGACACGAACGCUCUGAUCGCUCAGCUGCAUGUGGCGUUCGACAACGUGCUCAUCAAGGUCUUCCCGAUCAUUCGACCCGGCAACCCCCGGCCGGCCAACAUCUCGACCAAGGACCUUCUAGUCGUGCGACACGUUCUGGAAAAGCAGUGCACGCAGCACCAGUGGGCCAUUCUCGUCGAACUCGUCGAGGCGUGCAAAGCGAAGGCCGCCGGCUCCAGCAACGAAAACGCUGUGUUUGCAGCCUUUCACAACAAGCUCAUUGCCAUCCGCAGACGCAUCAAGGAGUAUGCGGCGCACUACGAGCCGCAGCAAUGCAACACGCAAGAGGUGCAGAAGCGGAGUGCACCCGCGACAAACCAAACGGACGACGCACCGACGGGCCCACCGACGACGACAAACCAGAGCCUCGUGGACGAGGCCGCUGUUCGUGAAGCGUCGUUAACCAGAGCGUUGGUCGUCGAAGCGAAGACUUUGGUUCGCGACGCGCUUGACUAUGCAAACACCGCCGAAAACGAGAACCGGCAACUCAAACAGGCACUUGAGAAGGUCCAAAUGAAGAAUGCGCAGCUUCAGGCCAAGAACGCGCAGCUCGAGGCGGAGCUCGAGACGUCCCAGAUGAAGCAGGUCAAAGUCAGUAGUCGCUUGCAAGAGGUCGUUUAUGCCUGCCAGCUUGGCGACGACGUCAUGGACCUUGAUAUGUCCAUGUGCUUUAUUUAA